CCUCAUUAAGGCGGCGGCAGCUCAAAUAGGAACCGCUCCAUCUUGCGAUUCACCGAAUUACGAUGUCAGCUUUGAAGAACAACGAAGGCUUCGAAAGGCGGCAGAGCGCCACGCUGGCGGGACCGAACAGCGACCCUAGCCCCACGCUCUGUUCCUCCUUUUCGCUCGCUCCAAUAUCCAGACCAUGACAGAUUAUCUAGGUUCAGCAACCUUACGUUCCCCGGAAUUACGCCUCUACCUCCAAUUAGCACAUCCCCAGAUAAAUCUCUUUGAUAAAUUCCUGGCUAUGUCGGCAGUCCAUGGUCCUUCCCCGCGGGCCCUAUCCACGAUUUUUGGUUCCGCAAGGUUGGUCCCACGUCCCCCUUGAUGUGGGCCAAGUAUAUAAAACUUCUCAAGCCCGAGGUUGCUAGUCAAUCAAGAAUCAAUUUAUCUUCAUGACACUGGACAAUUCCUAUCCUGAUAAAAUGGACAACGCAUUGGAACGAGAAAUGGACGAGCAACGAAUCAAGUCGCUGCUCACCCGAGAAAGAUACUACAGAGAUACGGCUCAAUGGCAGAACCUCCGCGACUCUUACCACCCGGACGCAUCAAAAACAACAAUUAAGAUUACUUGGUACGAAGGUGAUGCGGAUGGCUUCGUCUCCGGCUCUCAGGCGAUGGCCCAACGAGGAGCAAGCUCAUCGCACACGAUCUGUCCCGUGGUAAUCCAUUUCGAUGAGAAGCAUGAAAAAGCUCUUUCUGAGUCCACUGGAAGUAUCAAUUCUCGGUUCCGCAUGGAUGGUCAUGACUAUGACUGCGCCUCGUAUGCUCGAUUCAUUUCGCGGCUGGAGAAGGUUAACGGGGAGUGGAAAAUGUUGACAUUGGAGGCUAUCUACGACCGAGAUACGAUUACGACUGCACUUCCAAUGUUGUCGACUCCUGCAACGUUUGACAUGAGGGGUCAUAGAGACAGCUAUCGGUGUAUUGGCUGGCUGCUGGCUGGGAAGGGGUUUGAGAUUAAUCGGGAUCUGCCAGGAACAGACCGUCCAGAAUCUGUUACAAGACUGAUGGACAAGGCAUUUACCUGGCUCAAGUCUUAG